AUGGAUUCCGACGAUGACUGGCUCGAAGCCGGUCCGUCAAAUCAGGGGAGCUCAGCCGACCCGUUAGUUGAGCAGGAGUAUCAACGCCUUGCGACGAGGUAUACCGACGCAGGAUACAGAGAGGGAAUCACCGACGGCAAGCUCACCACUCUGCAAGAAGGCUUCGACUCGUCAUUUGCCGCGAGCGUCCCCCCAUCUCGUCGCCUUGGUCAAGUGCGGGGUCAAGCCAAUGCCCUCCUCGCGUACCUCACUCGCUCAACUCCCGGCACAUCAUCCGCUCGAGCAUCCACGUCAAUGUCUGGCCCAGUAUACUUAGCGGAAUUAGUGGAAGCUGCACGCGAGCUGGUCCAAGAUCUUGCCCGCGUCAAGCGGGUGCAGGUCUUGUCCAGGGAUAUCGAGCGGGAACGGCAUGAGCAGGAAGAGCACGGUGGGGAAGAUGUCUUCGAGCUGGAGCCUACGGAAGAAAGGGAGAUGGAAGGGCUGGAGGAUGCGCUCGGUUCGCUGGGGCAGAAGGCCAAGGCGAACGGAUCGGACGAAGUACGGGAAGGCCAGCUGUUGGACGUCUUCGAGUAUCGACUGAAGGCGCUCAAGGGCAGAUUGAGGGCGUGA